AUGUUGGACCAAAUUAAGACAGUAGAUAAGUCAAGGCUGAUUAAGAAAUUAGGAAAGUUGACCGAAAAGGAAAUUGGUAGAACCUUAGACUGCCAGUCUAAUUACGCGGGUUCGAUUCCCGUUACUCGCUCCAAGUUGGCGGACAUGGCGGAAUGGCUAACGCGCUA